AUGGCUUACUCAGACUACUCCUCCCGAGGCCGAUCCGCUGUGGAUAGUGACCCAUACGCUUAUCCCUCCCAACGUGCUCCUCCAAGACCUUAUAGAGGUGGUGGCUCAAGUCGAGGUGAACCGACUCCUAAUUAUGCAAGAAGUGCAGCUGGUGAUCCCCCGCCACGAAGGCCUAUCGGGCGGCCGGUCAGACCUGUGGAACGCCCUAUCAGACCCGACGCAGGAUAUGCUAGACCUGAUGCAAGGCCCGCUAGAUCCGAAGCAGGAUACGGCACACCAUCGAGAAGAGUUGGAAGAAGUCGCGAUGAAGAAUACGCAGCCUCAGACUAUGGCGAUAGACGGAGACCUCCGCCUAGUCUUCGUCCGGAAAGACCAGAUUUCCCUAGUCCUCGAAGAAAUCCACCACCACCAAGCCGUCGCGUGAAGCCAGAAUACGACGAUUAUGACGAUUAUGAUCAGCCUACAGAGGAGCCUGAAGUAGAGGCGCCUGAGACUAAUCCAUCUAAAUGGGGUUGGGAGUCGCUUAAAAAGACGGUAUGGGGUGAAGAAAAGCAACAGGCUCAAAAAUCUGCGGAAACCCCCGAAGCUCAGCCGGAUGAUCAGUCAAAUACUAUAUGGGCCAAGCUCGCCACAGUAACAACAACAAUCCAGAAAAGGAUUGUCGGGGUAGACGAAGGCUACGAAAGUGACGCUACCGAUUAUGAUGGUGAUAGUCAUUUGAUCAGGAUCAUGAAAGAAUACUAUGCCAAUAAUGCGGAAUCAGCGAGAGACUUGCCUACCUGGCUUUUCUCCAAAGAAGAAAUCAAUUUUGCAGAUUCAGCAAGGAGACUGGCAAAUAAUCCAGAAAGCGAGCCUAGAGGAACACCUCGUGCCCCACGUGGAGAAGAUAGACCUAGACCUGGAGCACUUGCCGAUAUCUACAAUUCGGUCCCUGAGCCAGCUCAUCAGCGUCAUCAACGUGGCUAUCCAAAAUCACCUAGAAAUAAUACUUCAUUUGACUCUGGAUAUGCUUCUGGACCUAGUCCUCCACCUAAUCGUCGAAAGUAUGGAAGAGAUGAACAAUUUGAAACUCCAGCACCUGUUGGACGGAAUCGACUUGCUAGAAACCCAAUCACACCACCAUCCUCUCAAACAUCUCGAGCUAGACCUCGCGAACGUCGGGUUGACUCCGAUGACUAUGGCGGAGAUCAUGAUGAUUAUAGUGCUCCUCGAAGUCAGAGGGGAGGUAGUGAACGAGAUUACGGAGGUCGGGAAGACGCGUCACCUCCCCGUAGCCGAGCCCGCCCCGCCGCUCGACCAGAACCUUCCUUUUAUGACGAGCCACCUCGAGGAUACCCGCCGCGUGGCUAUAGACGGUGA